CUCGGGGCGCGAUCUCUGGGUGUUCGAGAGCCGACCCGCGCGAUGUUCCGAAUCGAGGGCCUCGCGCCGAAGCUGGACCCGGAGGAGAUGAAGCGCAAGAUGCGCGAGGAUGUGAUUUCCUCCAUCCGGAACUUCCUCAUCUACGUGGCCCUGCUCCGAGUCACUCCUUUUAUCUUAAAGAAGCUGGACAGCAUAUGAAGACUGGUCAUCACAUGCAAAUACAGGAUACGAAGAAUUUGACUACCGUUGCUCCUCCUCUGCAAAUGAAUAGGCCCCAAAAAGAUGUAAGAGACUCUUUGAAUGGACCUAAAAAUCAUACUUGUUAAGAAACAAGUUUGACUUUGGUGACUGAACUUCAUAGCUGAAACAAAAGUAUUUGGAAAUAUGAAAAGAUACUUUGUGAUCCUAGAAAGCCCUGGUGGCUGUGAUAUACAGCCUCCAUGAAUGUGGGUAGUAACUGUAAAUAAUGUUGAAUUUUAUUUUCUAACAAGCAUCAAUUAUAAGGGAAUCAUGUCUGCGAUGGUACUGUCUUGUCAUUUCUGAUCACCUUUUACUUCCAUCUGUAUUUGUUGAAGAGUUUCUUACAGCUAGUUAUUUUAUGGAAGCCAGCACACAACCACAAUGACAUUCAAGCACAGGACCAUUAAUCUAUAUUUUUAAUAAAUGUAUCAAUUAAGAAAAA